GGGCGGGCGGGCGCGGUGAUGAGCGUCGGCGGCCACCGCCAUGUCCAAGGUAACGGCGCCCGGGCCCGGGCCGCCGGAGGCGGCGGGCGGGAAGGAGAAGCGCUCCUUCAGCAAGCGGCUGUUCCGGAGCGGCCGCGCGGGCGGCACCGGCGGCGCCGGGGGUCCCGGGCCGGCCGCGCCCUCCUCGCCCUCGUCGGCGCGCUCGGUGGGCAGCUUCAUGAGCCGCGUCCUCAAGACGCUGUCCACGCUCUCGCACCUUAGCUCCGAGGGCGCCGCCCCGGACCGCGGCGGCCUCCGCAGCUGCUUCCCGCCCGGGCCGGCCGCCGCGCCCACGCCGCCGCCGCCGUGCCCGCCGCCGCCCGCCUCGCCCGCUCCGCCCGCCUGCGCCGCGGAGCCGGUGCCCGGGGUGGCGGGGCUCCGGAACCACGGCAACACGUGCUUCAUGAACGCCACGCUGCAGUGUCUCAGCAACACGGAGCUCUUCGCCGAGUACCUGGCGCUCGGCCAGUACCGGGCGGGGCGGCCCGAGCCCUCGCCUGACCCCGAGCAGCCCGCGGGCCGCGGCGCGCAGGGCCAGGGCGAGGUCACCGAGCAGCUGGCGCACCUGGUGCGGGCCCUCUGGACCUUGGAAUACACCCCGCAGCACAGCCGCGACUUCAAGAGUAUUGUGUCAAAGAAUGCACUGCAGUAUCGGGGAAAUUCCCAGCACGAUGCCCAGGAGUUUCUGCUGUGGCUUUUGGACCGAGUUCACGAAGACCUCAAUCACGCUGUGAAGCAGAGUGGCCAGCCUCCUCUGAAGCCACCAUCAGAGACUGAUAUGAUGCCUGAGGGACCAUCUUUUCCUGUCUGUAGCACUUUUGUACAAGAACUUUUUCAAGCCCAAUACAGAUCUUCUUUGACGUGUCCUCAUUGUCAGAAGCAGAGCAACACCUUUGAUCCUUUCCUCUGCAUUUCUUUGCCAAUUCCUCUACCCCACACAAGGCCUCUCUAUGUCACCGUAGUGUAUCAGGGGAAGUGCUCUCACUGCAUGCGGGUUGGUGUGGCCGUGCCUCUGUCUGGGACUGUCGCCAGGCUUCGGGAAGCAGUGUCCAUGGAAACAAAGAUCCCCACUGAUCAGAUUGUGUUAACAGAAAUGUACUAUGAUGGGUUCCAUCGUUCCUUUUGUGACACAGACGACCUGGAAACAGUCCAUGAAAGUGACUGCAUUUUUGCCUUUGAGACUCCAGAAAUAUUUAGGCCUGAAGGAAUUCUCAGUCAAAGAGGAAUUCACUUAAACAACAACCUAAACCACUUGAAGUUUGGCUUGGAUCAUUACAGACUGUCUUCUACACAAGCAGCAGCAAAGCAGGGGAAAGCGGACUUGCCCCUCUCAAGAGCAGGAAGCGACAAGAUCGUUCUGUUAGUGUGCAACCGAGCCUGCACGGGGCAGCAAGGGAAAAGAUUUGGACUACCUUUUGUGCUGCACCUCGAGAAGACAAUAGCAUGGGACCUUCUGCAGAAGGAAAUCUUGGAGAAGAUGAAGUACUUCUUGAGGCCUACAGUUUGCAUUCAGGUGUGUCCAUUCAGUUUGCGUGUGGUCAGUGUUGUGGGAAUAACGUACUUGCUGCCCCAGGAGGAGCAGCCUCUGUGCCACCCGACGGUAGAAAGGGCACUAAAAUCUUGUGGACCAGGCGGUACUGCUCAUGUGAAAUUAGUAGUAGAAUGGGACAAAGAGACAAAAGAUUUUUUGUUUGUAAAUACUGAAGAUGAGUAUAUCCCUGAUGCAGAAAGUGUCCGGCUACAGAAGGAGCGUCACCAUCAGCCUCAAACUUGCACUUUAUCCCAGUGUUUCCAACUCUACACCAAAGAGGAGCGGCUUGCCCCCGACGACGCCUGGCGGUGCCCGCACUGUAAGCAGCUGCAGCAGGGCAGCAUUACCUUGAGCCUCUGGACUCUGCCCGACGUGCUGAUCAUACAUCUGAAGAGGUUUCGACAGGAAGGAGACAAGCGUAUGAAACUUCAGAACAUGGUCAAGUUCCCUUUGACCGGCCUGGACAUGACACCUCACGUGGUGAAGCGAAGCCAGAGCAGCUGGAGUCUGCCGUCCCACUGGUCUCCAUGGAGACGGCCCUACGGACUCGGGAGGGACCCUGAGGACUACAUCUAUGACCUGUAUGCCGUGUGCAAUCACCAUGGCACCAUGCAAGGGGGGCACUACACAGCAUUCUGCAAGAACUCCGUGGACGGCCUCUGGUACUGCUUCGACGACAGUGAUGUGCAGCAGCUGUCGGAAGAUGAAGUCUGCACGCAGACGGCAUACAUCCUUUUCUACCAGAGGCGGACGGCUAUACCAUCGUGGUCGGCCAACAGCUCGGUGGCAGGCUCCACGAGUUCCUCCUUGUGUGAACACUGGGUGAGCCGACUCCCGGGGAGCAAGCAAGCCAGCGUGACCUCUGCGGCUUCCUCCAGACGCACCUCCCUGGCCUCGCUGUCUGAGUCCGUGGAGAUGACCGGGGAGAGGAGUGAAGACGACGGAGGCUUCUCAACUCGUCCGUUCGUGAGAAGUGUCCAGCGCCAGAGCUUGUCAUCCAGACCGUCUGUCACCAGCCCCUUGGCCGUCAAUGAAAAUUGCAUCCGGCCUUCCUGGUCCCUGUCUGCCAAGCUGCAAAUGCGCUCCAGUUCCCCUUCCCGCUUCUCAGGAGACUCUCCGAUUCACACCUCUGCGUCCACCCUGGAGAAGAUCGGGGAGGCAGUGGAUGACAAGGUCUCCAUCUCCUGCUUCGGUAGCUUGAGGAACCUGUCCAGCAGCCACCAGGACUCGAGUGACAGUCACAGUCGGCGGGAGCACAAGGCUGUGGGUCGGGCCCCUCUGGCUGUCAUGGAAGGUGUGUUCAGAGACGAGUCAGAUGCCCGCAAGUUGAACUCCAGCGUGGUGGACACACAGAGCAGAAGCUCAGCACAUGGGGAUCACUUGCCCCCUGUCUCUGAUCCAUUUGAUAACAAUAACCAGAUUGCAUACGUGGAUCAGAGCGAUUCUGUAGACAGCUCUCCAGUCAAAGAGGUGAAAUCCCCAAGCCACCCAGGCUCCCUCGCAAAGAAACCAGAGAGCACAACCAAGAGAUCCCCCAGCGCCAAAGGCACUUCUGAGCCAGAUCGAAGCUUGCGGAAGGGGAGACCAGCCUUGGCCAGCCAGGAGUCCUCUCUUUCCAGUACGUCCCCUUCUUCUCCCGUUCCCGUAAAAGUGUCCGUAAAGCCCUCCCGCUCCCGAAGCAAAGCCGAUUCUUCCUCCAGGGCCAGUGGACGGCAUUCCUCCCCUGCCCCUGCCCCAAAGAAGGAGUCCUCCCCCAAGUCCCACGAGUCAGUGUCGUCCCCUUCGCUCCAGAAGCAGAAGUCGGCUUCUUCCCUCGCUUACACUGCUUCCUCCACAUCUGCAAAGAAAGCCUCAGGCCCUGCCCCGAGGGGCCCCUUCCCUCCUGGGAAGAGCAGGACUUCAGACAGGAGCUUAAGCCGAGAGGGCUCCAGACACAGCCUGGUUUCCGACAGGGCCAGCGUCACCUCCAGCUCCAAACCCAACUCCCCGCGCGUGAGCCAGGCCAGGGCCGGGGACGGCAGGGCGGAUAGCAAGCACGUGCGGAGCUCCUCCAUGGCCAGCCUGCGCUCCCCCAGCAUGAGCGUGAAGGCUGGUCUGAAGAGGGACAGCAAGUCCGAGGACAAGGGGCUGUCCUUCUUCAAGUCGGCCUUGAGACAGAAAGAGACCCGGCGGUCGACAGAUCUAGGCAAGACCGCCUUGCUGUCCAAGAAGGCGGGCGGGGGCUCCGUCAGGUCCGUCUGUAAGAGCGCAGUGGAUGACAAGGCAGAGAAAGGCUCCCAGUCGCCAGGCUCCCAGCAGCCAAAUGCCAGUGCGGUUGGGAAAGAGCUGCUCGCCUCCAAGGACCCCGCUGCUGCUAAACUUUCCCUGCUGUCCGCUCGCAAGCCCAAGACUUCUCAGCUCGAUUCUGCAGCGCCCUCGUCUCCUGGGUGCAGGCAGCCUGCUGAGAAAUCCUCCAGAAAGUUACCUUCUAGCAUGCAAACCUCUGCACGGCCUUCUCAGAAACCUCAGUGAUACUUCUGCAGUCCAGGUGUUUUAUCUGUAAAGAUGUUAAUUUAUUUAGAACCCCUUCCCUCCCACCAAAGCCCUUUAUGCUUCUGUUUUGUAUUUUUUGGGGGUCAUGUGCCUGCCGUGUGUGUGUGUGUGUGUGUGUGUGUGUGUGUGUGUGUGCGCGCGUGUGUGUUUGUGCGCGCGUGUGUGUAUAUGGAGAAUUCAAUUGCAAAUUGUUAAAAGCGUCGCCUUAUUCUGCCAUUGAACCAAAUAACAGCCAUAGGCAAAGCAUUGACACCAAGCUAACUGAAAUAAUUAUAGACGAUACCCUGGACGGUCCCUUUAGUAACUGUACAUAUUUCUUUCUAGAGAACUCUUAACGACUUUCAUUGGACACUAGGGAUUUGAAACCUGUGAAACCAGUUAAGCUAUCACUAGUGUGCUCUGUAGAAGGAUGAAUUACUUGACUCUCGUUUCAUCUGAGCGGAAUUUGUCGUCAGCUGUGGAUUGUCACGUGGCACCAGGAACUCUUAUGAACUGUGACACUAACAGUGAAAUAAACCGAGGGGAAAACUGUCGCUUUCUGCACUUUGGCCCCAUCUUACCAGUUUUUGUCAAGGGCAAUAUUUUCACACUAACGUUUCUCAGGUAUAUACUCAGCUAGUGUAGGACGGUUGCGCAUCCGUGAAAGGAUCAGACAAGGUGGCCUGUGGGUUGCUGUUGUUUCUCCUACUGCCACAGAGAGAAGUUUUUAGAGGUAGAAAUGAAGUCUUUCACCACCUUCCUAUCUGCAAAGACGUGCAUUGCCAUAAGCUGUCUUGACCUGUGGGAUGUGUUUUAAGAGAUGGCAAGUCGGAUAGCCAGAAAGCCAAUCACUAGUAGUUAACAUUUUUUUUUUCCCUUGUAAAUUUGCUCACUAAGGUCAUUGGGGUUUUGAAAUGGACUAUAGAAAAUUCCUGGAAAAAAAGAAAUGAAUUCUAGACUGGAUGCAUAAAUCUGUGCCAUUUCCUUCUCUGGUGUUGCUUUUUUUCCUAUGUUAGAAAUGGAAAGCCCCAUGCUGCCCCGAGUGCGCACACCCGUGUUUCCUCGUCUUGUAACCUGGAGAGGAAAGAAGUCGCCUGAUGCCAGCAGCCAGUGGUGGUGUUUUCGAGCGACGUGUGACAGUGUUAUGUGCACACUGGUCCUGCCUGUCAGGCUUCGUUGGGAUUGUUUUUCAGGAAUGCAUUUAUUUCUUCUUUGUGCUGAAGAUGUAAUGAAACUCACAAGCAGGCUGGAGCCUGUUUCAUCUGGCAUUGUCAGUGAAAAUUGCGUUUCUUGUUUAGAGAAAAAGGGAACCUCAAGAAAUUCACAGAUAGGCAAGAUAUGUAUAUAGAUUAUUUCAAGCUUUUAGGAGGUGUUCUGGGAUUUUUAGCUUUUUUAUUUUCCAUUUUUUAAAAAUGUCGAAGAGAGUCAUGGUUCUGAUUCUCUUUGAAUAGCGUUUGUCACUUUGCUGUGAAAUAUGGCAUGCUAAGUUUAUAUGCGUUUACAUAUUAACUUUUUUUUUAAGUCAUGGACUCUUCAGGUUCUUCCUGAACACCUUGUACACGGAUCCAUUCAUAUAAUCUCCCUCUUCAGUAUUGCCGUGUGCGAAGUAACUAGAACAUACAUUACCUGCAUAGCUAUGGGUUCUGCACUGCCCUGUUUUUCUUUUUUCCCCCUUUCUUUUCUGUGAAUGCCUCUAGGGAGAUGCUUCUAGUAGGUUGCUUUAUUUUGCUGCUAAUUUGAGCACAAGCAGGUUAACCUGCAAGUCUGGAGGCCACGUGUGUUGGGGGUAAGCUGAAAUUGUAGACCCCUGCGACGUUUAAGACAGCACAUCUGGCCUUGUGAGAGUUAUGCUAGUGCUCCGUGAAAUCCACUUACUCUGAGCCUGUUGUGCUUGAUCCUGACUUCACCACUCUACCAGGAGUCCUCAUCUCACCGUGCAGGCGUCUGGCUCCCCAGAGCAGCCUCACUCUCCCCUGCCGGGCUGUGACUGCCUUCCAUCUUGAUCUUGUUGCUUCGAGCAGCACAUUGACAGCUCCAUCAGUGUUUAGCCACUGUGAGUUUUCCUGUAUCACUUUGAUUUCCUGAAAAGAUUGCACCAGAUGUGGGGUUGUCAAUAUCUGGAAUUGAGUGUUUGUCUAUUUGAACCUCUCAUCUUUCUUUAAUAGGUAAAUCUCAUUUGAAAUCUUUUAUCUGAAGCUCUGAAACAGUCUUAGAAUCACAGUUGGACUACUCAGUGUUUUAAUAACACUUUUUUUGGAGGGGAGGUGGGGAAUAUAAACAGUUAAGCAUUAAUAGAAUGUAAUUUAAUUUUCCCAGGGGUAAAUAUUUCGGAGUUCUCCAAGAAUGGAUUUUCUGUUGUGUUUAGUGUCUUUAUAUAAUAAUAAAAAAAACAACCCAAAUCUAUGAAAUAUAUUAAAGUUCCAUGGGAUCUAGAAAUAAACUUUGCAUAUCUAUAAACUGUAUGUCUAUGGAAUUUAGUUCCUGUUUCAGAUUUUAAUGUUAAAGAAAUCAGGAAGUAUGGCACUGUCUAGGCAUCUUGGUAAGCAGUGAAAAUUUCAUCCUUAGUUAUUAGGUUGCAACCUUUAAGCCACAGAAAAAGGAUAUUUUGCCCAAAAGUUUGGAGAUGCUCUUUGUGAUGUGAAGUAUCUUCUAGAAAAAUUACACUUGGUUCAGUUCUGUUCUUUGGUGGAGUUAGGGACUCGGUGUUCUGUUUUUUCUCUUCUCAGUGAUGUUUGGCACAAUGAGCUUAUAUGUGUUUUGGGGUUAAAAAUCAUCUGCUAAAGAUGGUAGACCCCUUCCUAGUUGACAACCAGGUGGGCCUAAUUAGAGCAGUCAUAUUUCCUGAUAGGCACAAAAUAAUCACCAACAGUAGUGUUGCAUCUGUAAUGUUUGUUUGCUUUUUAAAACCUUUAUCCUUGAUUUCUUUUCCCGUGAACAUCGGGUGCACUGAGUCUUCAUCAUUCCUUCCAACAGCCCUGCACCUUGCCUUUGUAACCCCUAAUGUAAUGGGGAAGCACAAAGAAACUUAAGCGUGUGGCACCCCAAGACCGUCUCCCACCUUUUCUGUGUAUUUUCUCAUCCUAAAAGCAGCCUAGCUGAAAGUAAGUAAUGCUCCACUGGGCAGAUAGAAAUGGGUGUGGGAGUGUUUGUGGUUUCGCAGAGUACUGUUGCUGUCUGUGAGGCUGCCCUGACCUCUUCUGCCAUCCUCCUUUCAUCAUGCAUUCGGCAAACAUUCGUUGAGGGCCUGCUUUGCUUGUAAAGGCAAGCUGCGAGCUUCGGGAGUUCGUGCAGCUGAUGGGCCCUGGGAGCACCGCUGAACCAGGGGUGCCAGUGACGUCCUAGACGGGGCGACAGUCCUCCCAAGCAGGAAGCUCAAGUGGAUCCUGGUGAUCGGCCGAGGCUUGGGGACCUCCUGAACAAGUCUGCUCUGUUCUGGAAACCAACAGUGCCCUUCUUCAUCUUUGGAGACAUUUUUCUGUCACAUCCUCUGUUUCAGACUGUGCUGUCUCGACUAAGAGGUUGGAAAUCCGAUCUGCAGUCCCUCUUCUUUAGAAUUUGGUCACCUGCAUUUGUGUGAGGUGGAUGCGGGGAUUUCUGUGGGUGGUGGGGGGGAAAUGGUCAUCCCUCUAAAAUAACCUAUCAUGAAGAAAACAGGACAGAAUGUAAAGGAAACAGAAGUGACAGCCUUUACGAGAAAAGGAACAGAAGAGCUGUGAACAAAGCUCAUUUAUUUCAAAUAAACGUGUUUUAAAAAGUAGAUUGACAUCAAUGUUAAAUUUCAUUCUGACCAAUUACUGAGCAGCUGGAGAUACUGUUUCCCUGUGUAGGUUAUAAUAAUUAUUGGAUGCAAAGAUUAUUAGUGUUCCUGGGUUGGAUUUUUGAGCUAGUAUGCAAAUCACAAGCACAGUUUCAAUAAAACGUAUUCUAUGAGGCACACUGAACUUUGUAUUACUUGGAAUUGAGAAGAGCAAAGUUGCUGACAAACCAGUGCCUAUAUCAUAAACAUAAACACAAGAAAUAGCUGUUACUGUGCAGGCUGUCUGUGUUCAAUUUCUUAAAGGGUAAUGUUAUUGCUAACUUCAUAUUUUGGGGAGGAAAUCCCAUGCGUUUAUUUAAAUGGACAGUCCAUACUGCCGUUUGAUCAACUCUCAAAGUGUUUUUGCAUCUGCAUUUUGAGCAUGACCAAUCAUUUUUUUCCCCCAAGUAAUGGAAAUAAUUUUGCAUGGCCUCCGUCUAACCCAGCAAGCAUGCUGUUACUACCUAUGCAAACAACUAAGAAAAAAUACAGACUACUUACACUCAAUGUGAGUUUGAAAAAAAAAAGACAUCUCUUAGAUUCUGGAGCUCUAUUUUUGAAUCUGUAAUUCUAUAAUCAGUAUUGAAAAGCAUGAAUGUGAUUUUUUGUUUUGCUUUGCAUGUGUUUCUCUUGGCCGGGUUUUUUUUUUUUUUUUUAAUCAUUGGCAAGAUUGUGUGUAAAAUAAGUAUUUUGCAAGCAGGAGUGGAAAUGGGUGUGUUGAACACACAGUGGUUUAUAUACUGUAUUUAGCCAGAAGACUUUCCUAAAGUAUUUUGUUCUAAAAAUGACCUGCCAUUUUCUAUAGAUCUUAAUGUUUUAUAUCUUUUAGGGUUCUAUCGUGGUCACAAGGAAAGAAUGUGACUUCUAACAGUGCUAACAAUUUUCAGACACUUUUGUAGAGACUUAGAGCUGUUCUGGAAAGCUUUGGCACUUUCCCCACCACUGGUCACAGUGCGACUGAGCUGUGAGUGUACGGUAGCGUCCACAGAGGAUUAGGUUCUAGAGCUGCUCACAGUCGUCUAAGACUGGUGUUUCCCAGUUGAGGGAGAAGGGAGAUCCAGACUUGGGAGGCUUUUUUCAGAUCUCAUGUACUCUCCCGGAUUCCAUCAAGCCUCUUGCGAAGAACUUGUCUGAGGUUGGGAUACCCAGCGCUCACUAGAAUUGUCUGGGGAACUUUUAAAAAUGCCUCGGUCCCACUCCUCAGCUUUUGAUCUAAUUAGUGUAGUGGCAGGUCCCAGGAGCUACCAUCAAGAUAUUUAAAGCUCGGAAGUGUUUCUAAUUUGCAGAGUUGAGAAGCACUGUGAUACACCUUCCCUUUGCUGAGAAAUAUGGCGAGAAUCACUGCCUUGUGAAGUACUCACAAAUGACUCAGAGUCCUCUGUUGCUUUGGAGAGAGAGACAAGGGAAAAAAAAAAAACGUUAACUGACCAAACUCCUGUUUGAAAUAAGGGGGGCUGCCUUUCUGAUGUGAGGAGCUCGGAGCAUUGAGUGCCUCAGCCCUUGCCCGUCUGGUGGGAGCCAGGGGUCUGUAGUUCACUGGAGCCGUCAGUGUCCCAUGGGGCUUGCCUCCUUCCCACAGCCUCUCUACCAGAGGCCACAGCAGGGCCAGACCUUGGCAGGGAGCAGGGUGGUCACUCUGAGUUAGAAAAUGCUAAAGUAAAACCUCCAGUGGCUUUGAAAAAGCUGUCCCUGAUUCUGAUAGACCAUGGUCACCUGGUAAUAGUUAUAGUAGCAAACCCUAGGCUGCUGCCCAAUUUCCUCUUUAGGAAUAUUUAGCUCACUCUCUUACUAUCCAGAAUGUAGUUUCAGGAUUUUUUUUUUUAAAUGACUGUGAAGCAUUUUAUUUGGGGUUUUUUUUUGGGGGGGGAGGGCGGUGGUCAGUAACCCUCAGUAUUUUUUUCAUGUAACUAAAAAAAUGACUAUGCAUCCAAAAAUUUGGCAGUACAUGUUACCUAUGGAGGCGAAUGAAAUUUAGUUUUAAUCUGUGGUGAGCUGAAUGCACUAAGAAUAUAUUCAAAAUAAGCUGCUGUGCUUCUCAGGUGAUUGCUGCCUGUUAAGCAUGAUGCUGCCUACAGAAGAAGAAAACACAGUUUACUGGAGGUUUUCAACACUUCAAGGAAUCAGUUAGAAGUAAAAACCCAAGUUGGAAAUGCUCCUUUAGAAAGGCUGCCCUGAGCAGUGAUACCAGUUGUAACGGUGAAAAUGCAAUAUGAAAUCCCCUAGGUGCUAUUUUAAAUGGUGAGGUGUCAUUAUACCAAAUGGGGAGGCAGUUACUGUGUUUCUGGAGCUGAAGUUCUCCUUGUAGGCCUUUCACAUAUGCAUUUAUGUUCCCUUUGGUUUUGCUCACCAACUGUGCCUCUCACCACUGGUUAAAAUUGAAUUCAAGCCCCAUUACAAAAGUAGUUUCUUGAUUGAACUCUUAAGUUUUUACCGUGGAAUUUCUAUAGUUGUCUUAAAAGCUGCAUGUCAUAUCACUGUAUAACAAAAUGCUUUGGUGGUGGUCAUGCACCAUUCAUAGUGAUUUGUGUAUGAUUUUCUUUUUUAGUUGUACAGUAAUAUGGAAGGCAGAAUGUCUUUCCUUGAGGCUGGGAACAAAGUGUAUCAUACAUUUUAAAUUAUUUUAGAACAAGUGCAUGAGAUAUGUCACUGACUUCUGUUAUUUAUUUGUAUGUUUUAUUAUUCAAAGUGUAUGCACUUUUAAGAAGCAAAAUUUAUAUUUUUAUGUUUAAAAUGUUUUAUUUCUGGAACAGCAGUUGAUUAUAUAGUAUACAGUUGGAAUUUAAGAGAAAAGUGGAAAAAUGUAAUGAAAUAUAAUAAAUUUAUUACAUGAUGCCCUCUUCAA